AUGAAAGUAACAAGAGUGCUCCAGUCGAUCAAGAACGAGUCAAUCCCCAGGCCGCACAGUGUUCGUGUCCUCACGAUCAAGGAACUGGCGAACAUGGUUGUGUUCGAUUGUGCAGCCAAGUGUGCCGGGAUUGCUCUAGACGAUCGUCUGAAACGAGGCCCAGAUUUGACGACUCCGCUGAUGGAGAUGCUGUGUCGAUUUCGUCUAGGUUUAAAGUCCCCGAUGGGCAAACAGAUGCUCUACGGUUGUGGUGGUGGCCGGAUGGAGACCUAG